CUCAACUGACAAGAAACUUUAGUGAGCUCAGGCAGAUCACAUCAGCAGCAUCUGCUGUGAGAGAGCAGCUAAAGGAGGAGGUUCCAUAAUUCUGGCAUUUCAACCUGCUACAACACCGUGUGCUGAAGUUUGCUCUUCACCCGGAGAGAAAUGUCUUACAGAUCAAAUAAUGAUCUCUCCUGUCCUAUCUGCCGUGAUAUCUUUAGAGAUCCUGUUGUCCUCUCAUGCAGCCACAGCUUCUGCAAAGCCUGCCUGAGGAACUGGUGGAACGAGAAACGAAUACAGGAGUGUCCAGUUUGUAAAAGAACAUCACCAAGGAGUGACCCAACUUGCAAUUUAGUAUUGAAAAAACUGUGUGAUUCAGUGUUACAGAGGAAACAGAGAAGUUCUGCAGCGUCUGAGACCCUCUGCAGUCUCCAUGGUGAGAAUCUCAGACUCUUCUGUGUGGACCAUCAGCAGCCAGUAUGUGUCGUCUGUCUGCAUUCAGACGAGCACUCCAGACACAAAUUCAAGCCAAUUAAUGAAGUUGCAUCAGUUAACAGAGCUCACCUCCAGAAAUCCCUGAAACCCUUAAAAGAGAAACUGAAGCUUUUUCAACAAGUUAAAAAAAACUGUGAGAAAACGGCAGAGCAUAUCAAGGUCCAGGCCCAAAACACAGAGAGGCAGAUCAAGGAGCAGUUUCAGAGGCUGUGCCAGUUUCUACAAGAAGAAGAAGAGAACAGAAUUGCUCUUCUGAAGAAGGAAGAGCAGCAGAGGAGUCAGGAGAUUACAGAGAAGAUUAAGGCUCUGAGCAGAGAGAUAGACAGUCUUUCAGACACAAUCAGUGCCACAGAGAAUGAGCUGAGAGCUGGAGACGUCUCAUUCCUGCAGAACUACAAGAUUGCAACAAUAAGAGCUGAACGGCGCCCCCUGCUGGAUGCCCCACAGCUCGUUCCAGGAGCUCUGAUAGAUGUGGCCAAACACCUGGGCAACCUGACCUUCAACAUCUGUAACAACAUGAAGAAACUGUUUUCCUACUCACCUGUGAUUCUGGAUCCCAACACAGCAAAUCCAGAACUCGUUCUGUCUGAAGAUCUGACCAGUGUGAGAAAGGAAAGUGAACAGAAGCUCCCUGACAACCCCGAGAGGUUUGAUUACUGUCGCAUUGUUCUGGCCUCUGAGGGCUUUAACUCAGGGACUCACAGCUGGGACGUUGAGGUUGGAGAAAGCGAGGACUGGUUUGUGGGUGUUGCUGCAGAGUCCGUUCAGAGAAAGGGAAAGCGCCCGUCCUGUUUAUGGAGAAUAGGAUGCUUUAAUAGUAAUUACAUAGCACGGUCCUUAUCGGAUCCCUCCACGGCUCUUACACUGAAAACAAAGCCCAAAAAGGUCAGAGUUCACCUGGACUGGUACAGGGGAAUACUGUCGUUCUUUGACCUAGAUACAAACACACACAUACACACCUUCACACACACUUUCACCGAGAAGCUGUUUCCAUAUUUUAACACUGUAAAUGCGUCACCACUGAAGAUAAUACCCAGGAAAAUAGCGCUAAAGCCCUGGUCAGACAGUAUUAGUGUAGAAAUCUAAAUCCAUUUUUUUUUAUAAUUAAUGGAUUCAUGUUAUUUUCAUAUUCAAUGUUUGAUGUGAUCAAUGUAAAAGGUUAAUAUUUUUAAAUUGGUCAGAUUUCAUAACUCAUUAGUUUGAGCAAUAUUUAAGAUUCAUAUGCAAAUUAUAUAUUUUUUGGCACUUAAAGGUGGGAUAAUUAUUUAGUACAAUUAAUUUAUGCAUUCUAUGUGUGUUUAUUAUUGGAUGGCAUUUCUAUAUAAGGUUUAAUUUGACAUGCACUGAGAAAGGGGAAAAAAAGGCACUCAUUACAUUUUUAAUAUUUUUGUAAGGGUUUAAUAUGAAACAUAUCACCGCCAUGACGUUUGGAAAUAUAUUGGUAUGAAGUAAAGGGCCUCAGUGAAGUUUAUCAAAGAGUCUCCUGGAUGUGUUUGUCUGGAAGUUUGGAUUCCAUUGAGGGAAGAACUCGGGAGUGUCACGCUAAGGAUUCAUUCAUUAGGAUUUACAGUUAGUGUUGACUGAAAACCUUUCGAGGCCAUUCCAGCUGUCAUUCAAAUACAGGUUCUACACCAGCUUCACCGCAUAGCUGUGGAAAACACGUACCCGAAUGUAUGGACUUAAUCAUAGUAUAAUGUGCCAAAUUGAAUGUAUGUGCAAAUGACGCCAUUCAAUUUUUUCUUUUAAGUUCCUUUCUAAUCAUGCCUUAUUUCUACAUAUUUUUCACAUUAUUUGAAAAAGCAAUUUUUUCCUUUAACAUGGCUAAUGUGUAUGAAAACAAAACUUCAGGAGAUGUGUUGAAGUGCUUGGAAAAAAAGUUUAAGUCUUAAAUGUUACUUGACAUCAAUAUAAUAUUGUUUUUUUCAAACAACAAAGAAAUCUGAAAGUGCUGCAGAAGAUUCGCGGCAGUGUCAUCCAUGUAGAAAGAAAAAUGUAAACUGACUUCAUGUGACUCUGAUUUUAUUUUUCUGUACAGUUUAAUGAAAUACAGACUUGAAUCAGACCAAAGAAGCAGUGACGUUUCUCUCUGGAGGUCAGAAGUCAGAAGAUUGUUUAAUGAAUAUGUGACAAAGUUUAGAAGCAGAAUGUCAUAGGCAGCAUUUAAAUGUGUGAAUUUUGCUGCUGUCUGAAAUAAAACACAUGCCCACAGAAAGAUUCCUUUAAGAUAAUUUAUUUUGUACAAUAAAACUGAAGUCUAGAGCAUGCUUUGUGGAGAAGACGGUGGAAGAAUGACUUAUCACACACCCUGGAUGUUUCACUUCUCACCACUUGCAUUGCUAUUGAGUAUCUUACAAAGAUGGACAGUCAAUCAACUUAGCAGUCAAUUGUGACAAAGAGACUGAUACGAGAUGUCAAAACAGGAACUGCUACCAGUAGUUAACUCGUUGCUGAUCAAACAAACUUUGCAGCAGGUGCGUUCAAGAACACCACAAAUCUGAAACAAACGUGAACCACAAUAUUCAGGAUACUGAAAAAAAAAAAAAAAAAAUUUCACAAUAUUUGUCCUACCAUGCCACCAGCUUAGUAAAAAAAAAAAAAAAAAAAAAAA